CCAAAACCCCACCAGAUUUCGCAGAACAAAAACAAUCCCACACUGUAAAACAAAAUUGCCUUUCCCUCUUUCAGAUCUCAUACCCUGCGUUUGCUCGAAGCCGUCGCAGCUCUUUCUCUCAUGUCCCGCUGAGCUGAUUCUUGCACCUCCGUCCCCAAAAUCCGAUCAUUACUAUCCACUCCGUUUUCCUGGUUCAAUUCGCUUUCACAUUACUCACUUCUCACCUUCUCGCCGUGUUUAUUGCUUGAUUUUUGUAUUCAAUUGUAGCUGCAUUGUGGAAUGUGGCUUUUCUCAGAAGAUCUAAGGUUUAUAUCACCGGAUAGUUACGGACUAUAUGCAAUUUUCAGAUCAGAGGACAAACGCACGGGAUGGAGAUUGUACUAAAAGAGAAGGACGCUGCGGAUUGGGUUUAUAGAGGCGAAGGAGCCGCUAAUCUUGUUCUUGCUUAUACUGGCUCCUCUCCAGCUUUUAUUGGAAAAGUUAUGCGCAUACAAAAGGCUCCCAUCAAUGGAUCAAAUUGUAGGAGUCCGACGGCAUUUUCCAAGUACGAGUACUUGUUGUGGGGUGACAUAGGGAACCUUAUGUCAUCCACUGACAGAGACACUGCUGCCCAAACCUACGUGCAGCAUGUAAUGAGCCCCCUAUUGGGUUCCAAACACGUUGAUGCUGGUAAACUUGUCUUGGUAAGCAGAGAAUUUCUGGAGUUGGCUGAGAAGAAUGUAAGUAGCCAACGCCCAUCUUGGAGAGUAAAUACUGGAAAGAUUGAUACACAACGUGAUUAUGUUCUUGUUCUAUCUGAUCAUUCCAUUUUCCCUCACGGAGGGCCAAUUUUGGAGUGGAAAGGGUUUCCUAAUUCCCUGUUUUAUCAUUGUCUAAUUUGUUGCGGUGCUUUAGAAGGUGAGCCUUGCAUAUCUGUUGAGAUAAAGCCAAAAUGUGGGUUUCUCCCAUUCUCAAGGUUCAUAUCCCAUGUCAAUGCGGUUAAGAGGUGUAUGACCCGUUUCAGAAUGCACCAAGCGCUUAAGUUGCACCAAGAAGAGAUAUCGGAGUUCAGUGAUUAUGAUCCACUAGAUCUCUUCUCUGGAUCCAAGGAUCGUAUACUUAAAGCAAUUAAGGAUCUUUUUUCCACCCCUCAAAACAACUUUCGGGUGUUCUUGAAUGGCUCUCUUAUAUUUGGGGCAUUGGGUGGUUCUGCAGAAAAUACUGAUGUGAUUGUUGGAGAAGCAUUUGAAGAUGCACUCAAGUGUGUCAUCCUAGCAGAUGAUGGGCUGUGUACUAUUAGCUUGCUACAGCUUGUCACUGAAACUUUAUAUAAAUCUGGAGUUCUGGAUCGACUUCUUGAAGUCCAGAAACUUGAUAGUUUGGACAUAGAAGGUGCUAUUCAUGCAUAUUAUGAUGUAAUUUCGGAGCCUUGUGUAGUUUGUGGACAGCUAAACGAAGAUGAAGAAUUGCAUAGAUAUGCCUCUUUGCAUUCCCUCCCUCGUGAUCAAAGCUUGAAGAUUGUCAAAAACUUCUUAAUAGCUGCUACUGCUAAAGACUGCAGCUUGAUGAUUAGCUUUAGGCCAAGAGGUGAAGAUUGGGGGUCUUCAAACAACACAAUACGCCUUGAAUCAACAGGGCAAUUUUUCGAUUAUAAGGUAUACUUUAUUGAUCUGGAUCUGAAACCUAUGAAGAAGAUGGAAGAAUAUUAUGAAUUGGACAAGAAGAUAGUGGGUCUCUACAGGAAAAUGGUAGAGAAAGGGAAAGUAGAUGAUAUUUCAAAUGCAAAAUUUACGAGUCUAAGUUUGGAAAGUAGAUGCAAUAUUAAGGAAUAAUUUGCUCAUUGAGGAUUUAUUUGUGUAUGUGAAUACUGGAGAUGGAGGGUUUGUAUUGCCCAAGUCUAUAUCUGGACCUUCGGAUAAGGAUUUGUGGGGCAUGCUUGAGUGCUGUGUAUAAUGGUCCAAUGAAAUGGCUGCUCUUGGUUGUACCUUUCCCUAAAAAAUGAGCGAUUGAAAAGGUAUGUAAAAGAAUGGAGAUCAACCAAGAAAUUAGAAAACUUUUUAAAAAAGAUGUAGCUGGUGUAGUGGUGCGCACACUACACGUUGCAGUGCGGCGCUGCGGCGUCGAGAUGAUAAAUUGUACAGAGCCCUAAUUUUAUGAGGGCAAGUGUAGGGGAGCCAUGUGUAACAUAAUGUUCUACGUUCUGAAGGGAAGGACAAGACAAUAUAGACAAGAAGGGACAGAGUUGGCAGAAGACAAAAUUUGAGUGAUCACGUUUCUGAUUUCUCCUCCAUUUUAGCUUCAUGUCUAUACGGAUUUGAUUAUUUUUAUUAGAAGUGAAGUAAAAUUUGGCUUCUAGAA